UCCUUCUCACCUGGGAUGCCUGCGGUGCUGUUGAGGCGUUCCCUGCCCCUCCUCGGCUACAGGGACCUAUGAGGAGACUGAGGAGGCAUGUCCCUGAGGAGAACUUGAGAUGAAACACUGUCUGCCUCAAUGUGUGGGGAGCUGAACUGCAUACACGGUGCAAAGGGAGUAAAGUGGGAACAGCUCACAGCGACUCAGUGCUGGCUGCUCCGGUUGCAUGCUUCUGAACACUUCUUCACCUCACCAGUCGCGUGUGAACAAUUGAGAUAGGUGUCAGAAUCAGACAGGAGCCAAUCAGUAAACAUGGGAGCACGAGGAUGGUGCAGGAGCGGUGCUGGCAGCAGCAGCAGCAAACAGGAGAAGGCAAAGAAGCAGCCGUGCCCGGGGAUGAUGGCAUCACCCCCACUGGUGUGUUAGACCGCAGGAUAAGCUGUCCGAGAGCUGACCGAGGCCUUACAGGUCACUCAACUCCUGUUUUUUGGAGGAAUGCUGCCAGAAGAAGUGAAAAGCUCAACCUUUCUGCAGGUGCAAAGGAACUGGAACAGACAAAGUCCAUCAUCCCUGGUACCCAGCUCCUACAGUGACCAGCAGUUACUGCUUUGGGAAAGCAGUUAAGAGCAGGGCAUGUCCAAAAUGCCUUCCUGAGCGUAUCCUCAGGCUUCUGGGCUGUCAUCAACUUCCAAGGCUGAAGCUGUAUCCAGAACUUCAUGGGGAAGGCUGAGAGAUCUGAAAUCCAGCAUGAUAUAAACAAACCUGCCUCUGGACAUGUCAUGGCUUAAAAUAGAUGUUCAUACAUCAGCCUUUCUACAGCAGCGGCGGCAGCAGCAGGAAGACAUGGCCGACUGGAUCUGACUACAACACUCAUUUUGAGCCGAGAAAUCACAGCCCUCACAAAGGACCGUGGGUGGCAGCAGCAGCAGAAGCGACCUCCAGGCCACUCUCCGGCCUUCACGAACCCACAGGUAUGCCUUGUGGGUCUCGGCAGCUCCAAUGGCUUUCCUGUCCAGGUUCUCCAGGAAUGGCACCAGGUCGCCAAGCCGGGGCUCACGGGAAGAGCGCAACAACCACCCCAUCCUCAGCGUCUUCGAGCUUGAAAGGUUGCUGUACACGGGAAAGACAGCCUGUAAUCACGCUGAUGAGGUCUGGCCAGGACUCUACCUGGGCGAUCAAGAUAUAGCGGCCAACCGGCGCGAGCUGGCUCACCUGCGCAUCACCCACAUCCUCAAUGCCUCGCACAGCAAGUGGAGGGGGGGUGCUGAGUACUACGAGGGCACGGGCAUCCGCUACCUGGGCAUCGAGGCCCAUGAUUCGCCUUCCUUCGACAUGAGCCCCUACUUUUAUCCUGCAGCUGACUUCAUCCACCAAGCGCUGAACGAAGGAAGGAUCCUUGUGCACUGUGCUGUCGGGGUGAGCAGGUCAGCCACCUUGGUCCUCGCCUACCUCAUGAUCCGCCACCACAUGCCCCUUGUAGAAGCCAUAAAGACGGUCAAGGACCACCGCGGUAUCAUCCCCAACCGAGGUUUCUUGCGCCAGCUGGUCGCCCUGGACAAUGCCCUGAGGCUGAAGAGGAGCGCGUGAAGGAGGACGAGAGGGGUUGUGCGGUGGGAGCGUUGUGUGCGCGGUGCUCACCUGACCCCGAUGCCCGCUGAGUGGCAGAGAUAGGGCUUUCCUCAUGGUGCAGACGCUUGGCAGCUAAUGGGUUACAUGCAACUGGCCCCUGGGCCUUCCCCUCAGCUAAGGGGGUCCCCAGACAUGCGAGCUAUUCCUAGUGGUAAAGCCUAGGCCCUCAACCUGCAAUCUUGCCACCUAGGUAGGCCUAACGUAUAGCCUCCUUCCCAGCCUGCUCACUCCAAGAUGCCUCUGGAGGUACUCAGCCCCACGUUUCAGGUUACUCUAUCCCCGUUGGUUCCAGGAAGCCUUCAAGGCUUCGUUCUCCCACGUGGCAGAUGCAUUUGCCAAGCCAGUCCUGUACCUCCCUCCCAGGAGACUGAAGCUCUGUGUGUUCCUUGUCUUGUUUCCCAUUCGUUUUUGGUCUGUGUAGCAAUGUGAAUUAGGUCUGGUGUGUGGGCUCAGGCAAACAGGCCUUUUGUUGUAGUGUUUGGAUGUCCUCCAUGCCUCGUCUUAACCUGUAAAAAUAAAGACAGUGCUAAG